GGCCGCCUCCAAGGCGGAGGGGGCAACCUUUUUUGAGGGUCUCGCCUCAGUCAACCCGGCGGCGCCCCUCCGCCUCCUGGAUGGCAGCACGCGGGGCAGCUGUUUCGCGGCUCCCGGCCCGGCCUGGACGGCCUGCGGGGCGCGCGCCUCCGAGAGGCUCCCCCCGGAGCGGGCCCGAUGGUCUCGACCGGCCCGGCGCGCGCGGGAGCCCGGGGGGCGGGGCGGCGGCCCAUAAAGGCUGUUGGGGGCGGGGCGCGCUCAGUCAGCGUCGCGAGAAGGGGAAGUCGCCGUAGUCGCCGCCGCCGCCGCCACCGCCGGACCCCAGUCCCCCACAAUCCCGCCCGCCGCGUCGCCAUGGCCUGCCGGCCGCGAAGUCCCCACGGGUGCGGGAGCCGCCGCGACGGCGACGCCAGCCCGCCGCCCGCCUCAAGAUGGAGCCUCGGACGCAAACGCACGGCUGACGGGAGGCGCCGGAAGCCGGAGGACGCCGAGGGCGCCUCGAGGCCGCCGGGCGACCGCAGACCCGACAGCUUUACCACUCCCGAAGGCCCUAAGCCCCGUUCUAGAUGUUCAGACUGGGCAAGUGCAGUCGAAGAAGAUGAAAUGAGGACUAGAGUUAACAAAGAAAUUGCAAGAUAUAAAAGGAAACUCCUCAUAAAUGACUUUGGAAGAGAGAGAAAAUCAUCAUCAGGAAGUUCGGAUUCGAAGGAGUCUAUGUCAGCAUUGCCAGCCGACUUAGAGACCGAUGAAAGUGUCCUGAUGAGGAGACAGAAGCAGAUCAACUAUGGGAAGAACACCAUUGCCUACGAUCGCUAUAUUAAAGAAGUCCCAAGGCACCUUCGACAGCCUGGCAUUCAUCCCAAAACCCCCAACAAAUUCAAGAAGUAUAGUCGACGAUCGUGGGACCAGCAGAUCAAACUCUGGAAGGUGGCUCUGCAUUUUUGGGAUCCUCCAGCGGAAGAAGGAUGUGAUUUGCAAGAAAUGGAGCAGAGGAGAUGCGUGUCAGCGCUCACGGGCAGCGAGGCCGUGGUGGCGUUCGCCUUCUCCUGGCUCUGUUCCGCGGUGACUGACGUGCUUGUUCUGACCGCACAGACGUCCUGUAGACCUCGGGGAGAUGGAGACGGAAUCUGCGGAGAGCAGCUCUGAGUCCCGGACGAGCUCUCAGGAUAACUUUGUCAGGAACAUAUAAAAUGAAAGUGCGUAGUUGCCUUUUCCUGCCUGCCUUCCAUCUGUGUCACCCUGAUAAGCCUGGGACGUGCCCUUCCAGUCUUCGGGACCAUCUGCAUCCCACAUACUCUGUGACUAUUCGAGGUGUUAGAAGUAACACAGGGACUCCCCUGGAGGUCCAGUGGUCAGGACUCAGCGCUUCCACUGCAGCGGGCUCGGGUUCAAUCCCUCAUCGGGGAACUAAGAUCCUGCAAGCCACGUGGCCAAAAGAAAAAAAAAAGUAACACUAAUGUCCAAGAGAGAGGAAUGACAAAAUUACAUUCAUAAGAAAUACAGCUACUACAGGUUGUUUUUGAAGACUGAUAACGUGGAAAAUCGCCAAGAUAAAUAAAAACAGGAUACUUAACCAUAGGACGAUCCCAGUUUUGUGGAUAUUUAUACACGGGCAGGACUAAGACCCAUGACGAUCUCAGCAGGUGGUAUCCUUGGUGUGGAUUAAGAGUGACCGUUGUCCCAGCUCAAGAAGCCGAUUCUGAAUGUGCCGCUCGUGGUCACAGAAGUUAGGGGGUGGCGACUGCACGGGCGGGUCGAGGGCCAGGCCCUGAAGAUCAGAGGCAGCGGUCCUGGCGGGGGGUCCUGGGGCGCCGAGGAGAGGUGGGAGCCGGCGGGACGUUCGGGGGACAGGAGAGAAGGCUGGGUGGCGAAGCGGAGCGCCCCGGCUCGGGCCUGCACUGCUCGAGCCCGAGGCACCGGGGAGCAGCGCGUUCGCCGCUGAGCACCGGCCACUACCACAGCAUCACUGCUGUGCUCACGAAACGCAGCCGUGGUAAAACACGGCUACCUCGUAACCAGGCCGCGCUCAGGUUUCCCGGUUGUCCCAAUAGUGUCCUUGUCGCAGGUCUUUUUUUCUCUUUUUUGGCCCAGAAUUUAAUCAAGGAUUACACGUUUAAUUGCCAUGUCUCUUAAAUUUCCUUUAGUUUAGAAUAGUCUUCCUGCCUUUCCCCCGGGACGUUGACCUCUUUGGAAGGGUUCAGGCCCGUUUUUAUGAAGCAGGAUGUUCCUCAGUUGGGAGUUGUCGUACUGUCUCCUUGAGGAUUAGAUUCAGGUUGAACCCUUUGGCCCCCGUUUUGGGGGUGAGGUGGGGCGGUCCUCAGCCCAGCGCCAGCGCCAAGUGCUCGGCGGUAUGACGUGAUUGCUUCAUGAGCCACGGUGGCACGUCCUGUCCACACAGUGGCUCCUGUUAGGUGUGAGCGGCUGUGGCUCAGGGGCCUUAAAGGUCACUUGGUCACUCAU